UUUGGGGGUGGUAUCUUCUAAAUUUACUCUUUUACAAAUUUUACACAAAUGUACAGUUUUAAAGGCACAGAUUUGUUAGGUCCACCCUUUCUUCUGUUGUCACCAAAGUUUUCCACAAUAUCAUGUAUUUCCUGAGCCAGAGAAAAUUACUGUAUUUUACAGAAGAAAAGAACAUUUUGGCAUGAUCCCAGGCAGCUGUUUCAAUGGAUCUAUAACUGCCUUUCUUUGCUUUCCUAACAACAAACAUUGUAAUGAUACAAUGCAGUUCAAACAAAUCAAUAUUUACUUUAUGAAUUGAAGCAAAAUCACCACUGCUAUUCUUUGCGCAUGAUGAGAAUGGCAACAGGUGCAUGGGGCACCCCCUUUGAACGAGAUAUAGUGGUACAAUCCAGAGGCAGUGCGCUGCACCUUUUUACGGAGCAACGCUUUUUGAUUGGAAGCUUUGAGUCCCCGGUACAUGGAUGUUGUGUUGCAUUUCAGUUGUAGAAUCUUAGUACCAGAGAAUUCAAAAGAGUUGAUCUUCUCGACUUUAUUCCCAGCAGAGGAGUUGUGACGCUUUUGACGCUACACAGAUAGAGUUACUACAGGAACAUCGCUGGAAGAUUGGAGAUUCUCUUUGUUUGCUGGUACCCAAGUGUGGCAGUGACGGGACGGAAUCAUGGAUUCGGAAGCAACAGAAAUGGAGGAGAAGAAAUACAUCAUAGAAAAGUCCCAGUCUGGAGAGUUCACGGUGCCGAGUGACAUGGGACAGCUGAUUGAAGAUGAGGACCAGAAGCGAGAGCAGAGUAACAUCCCGCAGGCAUCCUUCAACUUCAUCAACUCCAUCAUCGGCUCAGGCAUUAUAGGUAUGCCCUAUGCCCUGAAGCAAGCAGGGUUCCCCAUGGGGGUUUUGCUGAUCCUGAUUGUGGCCUUGAUAACAGACUAUUCAGUGAUUCUUCUUAUACGUGGUGGGAACCUAUCAGGCACAAAAAAUUAUCAGGACCUGGUUCGAGCUGCCUUUGGCUUCCCAGGGUUUGUCUUCCUGUCCAUAGUCCAGUUUGUCUACCCUUUUAUCGCAAUGAUCAGCUACAACAUCAUCACAGGUGACACCAUUACCAAGGUCAUGGUUCGAGCUGCCAGACUGGAGGUGGAUGAGGAAACUGGGCAAGUCUAUGUCACAGAGACCAACAUCCUGGCCAACCGUUACUUCAUCAUCUGUCUGUGCACCCUUCUGGUCACACUGCCACUGUCUCUGUACCGCAAUGUUGCAAAACUGGCAAAGGCCUCCCUGUUUGCCUGUCUGCUGGUGGUGUUCAUCAUCAUCGCAGUCAUCAUUAGAUCCACAGACAUGCACAUCCCUCCUACAGAAGAUGCCUACACCUUUGCCAAGCCAGGAUUUGCACAAGCAGUGGGCAUCAUGGCUUUUGCCUUCGUCUGCCACCACAACACCUUCCUGAUCUACGGUUCGCUGGAAGAGCCCACCGUACACCGCUGGUCCAUCGUUACGCACAUCUCCGUGGUCGUGUCGUUCAUCGCCACUGUCGUGUUCGCUGCCUGUGGAUACGCCACCUUCACAGGGUUUACCCAAGGCGAUGUGUUGGAGAAUUACUGCCAUGAGGAUGACCUGAUCAAUGCUGCCAGGUUCUGCUACGGUGUCUGCAUCAUGCUGACCUUCCCUGUGGAGUGUUUUGUUUGCAGAGAGGUGAUUGAGAAUUUCUUUUUCCAAACUGCACAACCCACAACUACACUGAGACACGUGAUUGAGACCGUUAUCAUCGUGGGGGCGACUCUGGGAAUCUCAUUGGCUACUGACUGUCUGGGCAUCGUUCUUGAACUGAAUGGCACCCUGGGAGCCACCCCGCUUGUCUUCAUCCUCCCGGCUGCUUGCUACAUGAAGCUGGAGGAAGGAAAGGUCUACAGCGCCAAGAAGCUCCCGUCUCUACUCAUCGUCAUCACCGGGGCCAUCGUCAUGGUGAUAGGGUUUAUCAUGGCCGUCCUCAGUCCGCAGGGGUGCUCGCACGGGAAGGAGAUGUCCUACUGUCACGCCAACGACGUCAACGCCACUGAUUUUUCCACCUUCAUUCCCAGUACAGAGAUGCUUGCCAGUAGCACUGUUGCCUCUAUGGUCAGCAGUACUACCCCUCCGUUUUCCAACUUCUCGUCAUUAGGACCAUAACUUAUCACUCUGACAAGAUUCUAUCUAACUUAUAUUGUUGUGUAUGUUUGUGUAUGUCAGUAAUCAUAUGGGAGAAUAGAUUAUGAUCAUGAUUAUGGCCAGUACCUGUAUAAAAAAUAUCUUAUCAUGAAAGUUGAAUUCUCGUAUUCUUCUGUGUUGUUUAGCACUGAAGUUGAACACUUGACCAGAUGUAACUGUAUGAAAAAUGGAUACAGUUUGAAGACUUGCUGAAGUGUCCUAAGUAGACUGACCUCUAACCCCAAAAAACUAUGAACCUUCCUAACAUUUGACCCCCACAUGGGGUUACAUGUUGCUUAACAAAGAAGCUUGCUGGUCAUGACCCCAUCUUGUCCAAAAGGUUACACAGGCUGGUUCAAGGUUAUAGCACUACUGAAGAUGGCGACUUUGGCAGAAAUUGAAGGUAUCUACAUACAUUUGUAUCUUUGCUGUAUAUGUGGAAUUUAGAGGCUCAUUAUCACUUAUACUCAAGAGAGAAUGGACUAAAUUACAAGUUAGUAUCUAGACAACAUUUGUUGUGUUUGUAGCAUGACCAAGUGAGUACAUUGUACAUGUAUGCUGGGUAACAUUGUAACAAGUUAGAUUUACACAUAUUAUUACAGUAUUCAUAUGUACUUGAAUUUGCUUAUUUGUGAACCUCAUUUUCAGCAUGGUGCAGGUAUUAAUGCCAAGCAAAGCUAUCAUACCUUACUAGAUUAGCUUAAUUCUGACAAGCUAGUGCUAAAUGAGAUGGAAGAAAAAUUUCUUUUAUUGAAAGCAAUACAAUCAGAAGUAUCAGUAUUUGGCCAUUUAAAAGAUUAAGGUACUGAGAUUAAGGUUUUCUUCUCAGUACAUAAGUCCUUGAUUGUUCUCCUAUUCAAACAUUUUGUAAAAGUGCAGUUGACUUAGACAAUGUACGAUGUUUCAAGUGCAGACAAAAGUUUUACAACUAAAAUGCCACUGCAGUACUUUUAAGUUGCUUUAAGGUUACUACCCUGUGGAUAAAGGUUACUUCCCUGUGGAUAUUGUGAAGCCUACACAGACCAAGGACGUUGUAUGAGAUAACGUCCUUGCACAGACAGAACCUGGAUUGCAUAAUGUGGUAAAGAGUAGUGCUUUAAAAUCAAGAGUACAUGAUUGUUUGAUAAGUAAACUGAAAGACCAAGAGGGCUUGAGGACAAGAAGACAGUAUAUAUGUAUGAACAUACCGCUAUUUCUAAAAGGUGCUCUGUAGAAAGGUCUGGGUCACUUUCUUGUAAAGUACAACUGAGCUACAACUUCUAAAUGGCCCUUAAGCUGUGUGGACUUAUUGCCAGUCUAAAAUGUAAAAUACAAAUGACAUGACGUAGGGUGCUAUGGUAAACAUACCAGUCAACAGUGAACUACAUGUGUAUGAAUUUCUAAGGUUACAGUGUAAACAAUUUCUAUUGCUUCAUAAAGCUUGAAUGCAAGCUUGCUUUAUAUCAACUUAAAUGUGCCAUAGGUAGCUGUGUUUUGUGUAAAGCUUUAGAGUGUAUGGGUAACGUUAUUUAUCAAUGAAAAGGAAUGGCUGGUUGUGUUGUGAACUAUUGUGUAUAUAAAACAAUUCUGGAAAUUAAGCUAGCUUGUUAUGUGAGAUUGUGACUUCCUGAUAUAGAAAUAUCCAAGACUCAGAACUGGUAACAGAUGAAGAGAUUAUGUUUUCUGCUCAAGUGCAAUCUGCUCUGUGAAUAAAAAAGAUUUAAUGAUCAUGAGGAUAAAUGCAUUGCUUAUGAUUAUACAUAAGCUGUUGAUUCUUCAGAUACGUGAAAGAUGUGGGAGAAAAAACAAUAAAUCUGCACAGUA